AUGAUGAGGAUGAGCAACGAGGCGAAAGACACUUCCUUACACGAGGCUGUGAGGAAUCACCACACAAUUACAGUCCAAUUGUUGACACAGGAAGAUCCUGAGUUUUGUUAUCCUGCUAAUAAUAUGGAGGAAACUCCACUUUACUUGGCGGCUAAGAGAGGGUAUGUUGGAUUGGUGUUUGUUAUCUUGGAGACUUGUACAGUACCGGCCUAUGGUGGCCCUGGUGGUAGGACUGCUCUACAUUCGGCUGUCAUUCACAACCUUGAAGGAUGUACACGGAAAUUACUACAAUGGAAGCCAGCCCUAAGCAAGGAAGCAGAUGCAUAUGGGUGGACACCGCUUCACUAUGCUGCACGCUUCGGUUAUGUAUUAAGAGCGAGAGACCUACUAAACGCAGAUAAAUCAGUUGCAUACAUUGUAGACAAAGACAACAAGAAGACAGCUCUUCACUUGGCGGCUAGCCAAGGCCACGUACGCGUACUUGAAGAGCUUAUAUCACACUGUAUGGAUUCUUGGGAGAUAGUUGAUGGCAGAGGCCAGAAUAUACUUCACAUUGCGGUGAAAAAUGGAAAAAAGAGGGCAAUCAAAUUUAUCUUGCAAAAUUUCCCCUUGAGCAGUCUUAUAAAUCAGAAAGACGUUGAUGGGAACACACCUCUUCAUCUGCUUGCUGCUUCUGCUUGCUAUGAGGCCGGUCUUGUAAAGCACCCUAAGGCGGACAUGAUGGCCUUCAACAAUGAUAGUUUGACUCCUCUGGACGUAGUCUGCAGCAACAACAGUGUUGAACCGUGGGGUUUCACCAAAAGAAAUUUUACAAAUGCGGGUGCUAAUCUGGGUAGGAGAGAUGUAUUCAGCAGAGAUAAAGAUGAAAUUGUAACCAAAGAGAGACAUCAUGUCCUCGAAAAAGUCCUACUAACAGAUAUUAGAAGAUCAGCAGACACCCAUUUGAUAGUGGCCGCGCUCAUAACAAUAGCAACAUUCGCUGCUGGUUUCACCGUGCCAGGCGGCUAUGAUGCCCGCCAAGGCCUCGACCAUGGCACAGCAAUUCUAGCCAGAAAAGCAGCUUUCAAAACAUUUGUCAUUACGGAUUUUAUGGCCAUGAUAUUUUCGACCACUGCCAUGUUAAUUUAUGUCGUUGUGGCUGGUGAUUCAGAUAGAGAUAAGUUUCUCAGGCACUAUGCCUCAGCUUACUAUCUCAUUGUCAUUGCCGUGGGAGCAAUGGUGCUUGCAUUCAUUACAGGGAUGUAUGCGGUGCUAGCGCAUUCAUUGGGCCUUGCAAUUGCCUUGUGUGUUAUCGGUUGCCUCUCUUUUCCUGUUAAUUAUUUCUUACUCAGGAAAGCAUGACGUAAAUCGCACAACUCUUGAAAGAAUCAAAUGUAUAGAUUCUGAUUAUUGCUGUAAAUUAGACCUUAAUUUUUUUUUGUUUGGCUCCUGGGAAAGCCUGUCUUCAUUGUUGUUAAACAGAUUCGCUUCGAAAUACAUAUAGCAUUGGGCAUGAAGACACAGACAAGUCCAAGGGUUACAAGUACUUCGAAAACAAUUAGAGUAUUUUAGUAAGGGCUAUGCCACGUGAACGAAAUAACAUGGUGUAUGUGACUCA